AUAUACAGAUCACGAUGUACUAUAGCAUUCAUUUUCUAUCUACCUAAGGGCUGUGGUCGCUCUUUAGUUUUCCACAGUCAACGGCUUAUAGUACAGUGAGAGAAAUAUUUUCUAGCGACGUUGAACUAUCGGGGAGGUUACGUUAUAAAUUUGCCUCUCAAAGUGGGAUUUUUUGUUCUCUGCAAUUUCAUUCAAGCAAUGGCUGUUGCUCCAAUUCAUCUUGCCUUCAUCAGUGCAUUUCUCAUCAUCCUUUUUACAAGCCCAUGUAUUGGUCUAUUCAUUUGUCCCUCCCAGGAAUCCCAGGCUCUUCUUUUCUUCAAGGAAGCCUUGAAGGUCUCUGAUGGCAUUCUCAGUUCAUGGGACAAUAGAAGCGACUGUUGCUCGACAUGGGAAGGUAUAUCCUGCAACUAUGCCACUGGCCAUGUAGAGCUGGUUAAUUUGACUGCUUACACCAACCACAUAGAGCAGGGUUUGCAGAGUGGAGUCAUAUCGAGUAGUUUGUGCAGCCUUCCUUUUCUCAAAUCCCUCAUCCUGAAAAGCAUUGGAUUAACAGGUAAUAUCCCUUCCUGUUUGGGAAAUCUUUCUUAUCUUCAGGUUUUGGUGUUAAAGAACAAUAGUUUGACGGGGAUAGUUCCUCCUGCAAUUUGCUUGCUCACAAAUCUUGGCCAUCUAGAUGUAAGCAUUAAUCAACUCGUAGGAAUCUUACCACCGUGUCUAGGAAAUCUUACCUUUCUCCGUAGACUCAUUGUCCAUUACAACAAAUUAACUGGGCAAGUCCCAAUUUCCUUGAACAGACUCUCCUUGCUCAAGUUCUUGAGUAUUUCCGGUAACAAGUUCAAUGGCAGCCUUCAACUCACCGGGCUUUCUUCCCUCAAUUUGCUCUUUGCUCGUGAUUUUUCAUUACCUGAGAACGUUACUUCUUCCCAGUUGGCAUUGCCAUCCUCCAUAAAGGUUCUCUGGCUCUCCCACAUCACCAUUACAGAUAGUCUGUUUGAUAACCUUGCAGAAUUAAAAUUUUUGUACGUAUCAUAUUGUGUUUUGAAUAUUAGCGCAAGUUGGCUUCCGAGCUUCCAGUUAGCGGGCUUAGAUCUAGUCUCAUGUAGUAUUGGUGGUAGAGUUCCUGAGUGGCUUUUCACUCAGUAUUCAUUACAGAGGUUGGCAUUGGCUGACGACAAUAUUGUUGGAGAAAUUCCCAAAUGGUUAAUGGAGAACAAUCCUCAGUUGUUUCUGUUCAACAUUUCAGGAAAUCAUUUCAAUGGCAGCCUUUUUGUUCCAACUAGAUCAAUUCGUUGGAUGACUGUAUUUGAUGUAUCUAGGAAUGCAUUCACUGGACACGUAGCAUCUACGUGGCCUCCAGAUCUUCAGCUCCUGAUGGUUAAUGACAAUUCUCUGAUUGGCAAUAUUCCUCCAGGUUUGUGCAGUUUAAUUCAUCUUGAAAAGUUAGAUCUGUCAAACAACAAAUUGAAUGGAAGCAUUCCUUCAUGCUUUGCAAACUAUAAGAGAAUUCAAGUGUUAAAUUUGGGGUAUAAUAGGUUGGAUGGAAGUAUACCCCAAGGGGUAUGCUCCUCCUCUUUAAAUGUGAGAAACAAUAAGUUAAGUGGCGCCUUCCCUAUGUCAAUCAUAAAUUGUAAGAUAUUACAAGUACUAGAUAUCGGCCAUAACAAAUUUGCUGGGCAUAUUCCAUGGUCAGUUGGAAAUCUAUCAGCCCUUAAAGUGCUGAUGAUGAAUGAUAACUCUUUCAGAGGCAGCAUUCCUUCAGAGAUUGUCCAACUCAAGCAGCUCCAGAUCUUAGACCUUUCGUCUAACAAUAUAUCAGGUGUUAUUCCACACAGCCUUGGAUCUCUAAAAGCAAUGACUCUACCAAGAGAAGACGGCCAUAUAUUAUCUUCUCAGCUGAACCCAUUUCAAGUAAUUACAAAAGACAAUGGCGUUAAGUCAUAUUCUGGGAUUGGUCCUAUUGAGUCAAUUAUAUAUCAAGUUCCGUCUCAUGAUGAAUUGGACAUGACUGUAAAAGGAUUAGAUCUGAAGUAUGCGUAUAUUUUUUCCACACUCACAGGUAUGGAUCUUUCCAAUAACCAAUUAAAUGGAAAGAUUCCGUGGGUUUUGGAAAGUUGAAGGGGUUAAGGUAUCUCAAUCUGUCAAUGAAUAAUCUCAGUGGAAUUAUUCCACCCAGUUUGGGGGAUAUGACUGAACUAGAGUCACUGGAUCUUUCAACAAAUAGGCUUUCUGGAAAGAUUCCUGAAGAAAUUGAACUGGCGACUUCAUUGGCGGUCUUAAAUUUGUCCUACAACAACCUCUCAGGCAGCAUACCUCAAGGACAACAGAUGACCACAUUUCCAAACACAUCAUAUUCUGGGAAUCCAUAUCUGGAAGGAUGCCCACUUCCAAAGAAAUGUUCUUGGCCAGAGUUUACUCACCAUCCUCCCCCAAAUGAUAUGGAAAACAGAAAUGCAGAUCAUAGAAAGCAUAUAGUAUGGUAUUAUAUUGGAGUAGGAUUGUCACAUGUAGCAGGUUAUUGCUGUGUAAUGUUCUUGCUUGCACUGAGAAAGGGAUGGAGACAGAAAUACUUCAAGUGGGUAGAUAAGAUUUUGAAGUUUCUGUUUCCUUGCAUACGGAACAGGAGAUUAUGAAGGUUCAAUUUGCCAACAAGAUGAAGCAGAAGUAUGCCCCAACGCUGGAUGCUUGAGGUUGCUUAUUCAAAUUCAUUAUAUUCUGUAUUCUCAAAGUCUAGUAUUAAGGUGCAAAAUCAUAAAUAACAAGAGCUGUGAGAUAGCAUGAGUCCCUGCCUUUAGCUAAAAACAUGCCAGCAAUGCAGUGAACUGUUGAGAACAAUUAAGUAGUAUAAAGUUACUUUGAGCAUGUAAAAAUUGUAUAUGAUAAAUUUUUAAAUUUGGGUGAGCUUAUAUUUGA